AUGUCUGAAUCCAACAACGACCCCUCCGCCACGCCUUCCUUGUCCCACGAUCCUCCAUCUCUACCCGCCUCUCCGGUAGGCCUCCUCGGCGUCCACCUGCAGCUGAAGAUGCGCCACCGUAAGCGUACCAAGCACAUCGACCUCGAGCCUCCAGCCAACGCCACAAGCGCCCUACACCACGCUUCAACAAUAGCCGCCGGCGACGAAUCCGGCACCGCAACUCCGACGCCCAUCGCAAUGUCCACUACCACAGCUGCACUGGCCCCUGCGCCCGAAUCGACGACCAUGCAGGUUCAGCUGCUGUCGGAGAACGCCAAAGCCCCGACCAAGGGCUCCGCCUUCGCCGCUGGUCACGAUCUCUACAGCUCAGCCGACACGGUCAUCCCGGCACGGAAGUGGGCACUGGUCCCGACGGACAUCAAGAUUUCGGUACCAGCUGGAACCUAUGGCCGUGUCGCCCCUCGCUCUGGCCUCGCCUUCAAGCAUGGUAUCGACACUCUCGCAGGCGUCAUCGAUGCUGACUACCGUGGCCCGGUUGGCGUCCUCCUCGCCAACCUGUCCGACGUCGACUUCGAGGUCAAGAAGCACGACCGCAUCGCGCAGCUCGUCAUUGAGAAAUGCGUCAUGGCCGACGUGGCUGUUGUCGAGAAGCUCGAGGACACGGUCCGUGGUGCCGGUGGCUUCGGCAGCACAGGUGGCUUUGGUGCUGAGAAGAACGGCGCUUGA